AUGGGAAAACGAAAAAGCUCGAGUAAGAUCACGAAAGCCCCCAGACCAAAGCUUGACAGAAUUUUUGACUGCCCGUUUUGCAAUCACAGCAAAACUGUUGAGGUUCUCUUUCAAAAAACGCUUGGAAAAGCAAGCAUAAGCUGUAGAGUAUGUGCGGCUACUUGGGAUACAAAGGUUACAGCGCUUAGUGAGGCUAUUGAUGUGUAUAGCGAUUGGAUUGAUGAAUGUGCAAGAAGGAAUCCUAAAGAAUAA